AUGAGGCGUCCAAAGUCUGGUUGCACUGCUGGAUCAUUUGUGAAUGGGUUGGCCGUUCAUCGGCUGUGGCUGCUCGUACUUUUUUCUGCGUUGUGGUUCACGCCAGCAAUUUUGUCUCCUAGCAGAGCUGCGGGGCCACCCCGGGCGUUCUUUCCCCUGCAUGCCCAGUUGUCGCGUAUCUUCUUCCCCGCGAAGAGGACCAAUGGAGCGUCCACUGGCUCCAGUUCUUCUCAACAGUUGGUAGAAAUGGAGCCUACGCAGCCAGAGUCUCUUCCUUCGGAACCGUUGCCCCCAAGUACCAUCAAUGCGAGACAGCGGCCUGAAAGGAGGCAACGGCUGCAGUCGGGUUCGCUGACGGAGGCUUCGGUUUCGUCUGAAAACCACGGGGCACGACUCCCUGCACAAGUGGACGUUUCUCCAGAUACUCCAGACGUACCCCCUGGUGGUUCCAUGCAGCAAGAUCUUCCUACCGUCGAUCCAGCCGCGGGGCUGUCACCACAAACGACGCACCUGGGGGCACCUUGGCACUUCUUACGCAACCAAAUGCGCUCUGCUGCCCGAAAGGCCCGUUCUGUUUCCCAAUCGGUCACAAUCAGUGAGAACAGAGUGAACCGACACCAUCGCGAUUCUUUGGAGACGCGGAGUCCCACGUUUCAUACAGAGCCCGAGACGGGCCGACUAACGGCUCGUCGGCAACGCCUGAUGACCUCGCCGCCUCACAUUGACUCAGACGAUGGCCCAGGGAAGGGAACAGCAGCUCCUAACCGGAUUCAGAGCGGAACAUUCCUUGUAUGCCGGCUGUUAACUACAGACAUGAGCGCGGGACAUGCCGAACUGCAAAAACGGCUUGGUGCCAGAACAGGAGGUACACGCAAUCGUCUGCAAGCAGAGGAGUGCGAACAUGCUCAUGGCGCUCAUUUCGCUCUACAGCUGGGCGACCGGCGACAAAAGUUUUCACGUGCCCCCAUAGAGUUUGCAUUAGACGCGACUUUUCCACGGGAGACAGAUGUCCAGUUUAAGUCCGACAUCUCGCGGAAAAUUGUCACUUUACGGAGAGGCCGCGUGCUGGGCGUGGGCUCAAGAUGCAUCGUCGUUGAGGUAAUGCGGGUAGAGACAGGCGAUAAAUGGGCUUUGAAAGCUUUCGUAGUUCCGCGCCACCAGUUUCCCACACAUGGAACUCCACCGCCGUGGGACACAUUCAACAAGGAAGCCUUUGCGAUUCAACAGCUAAAGCACACAGUUCCAGUCGUCGUCUACCGAAAUCUGAGGUUCUUAGUCCCAACAGAUGUGUUGACAUUGCAAGGAGACAAAACGGAGGCUCUGCGGAACAGACAUGAGAUCGGUCCGGCAUUCUUCGCAACCUACCUUCUCUUUCCGUUGGCGGAAGGUUCUCUCUCGGACGUUAUCGAGGUAAUGUUUCCAGAGACAAAGGCCAGCAACGCUGUGGUGCUUCGUGACAACGAGGCACAGGCUCUGGGAGCUCGUCUGACUUUUUCGCUCCAAAUUGUCCGCCUAACGGCGCUGCUUCAUGGACAGGGAGUCGUGCACGGUGACUUGCAGGCGAAAAGCUUCUUUCUAUGCCAAGAUGGCUCUCUGUUCCUCGGUGGAUUUCGUCAUCUGGUGCGAGCAGGAGACCCAUAUCAAAGCCCCAGGCCUGAGACGGUCGGCACUCGCUGCACACCCCCAGAAGUGUUAACCCCCCCGAAAAACGCGAAGUUUACAUUUUCGCUGAAUGCCUGGGGAGUCGGUUGCAUUCUCUACCAACUCUGGUGUGGUGUUCUUCCAUUUGACCUGUCCCCGAAGCCCGAGACAACCACGAGGGUCAUUCUGCCGCAUCUUUUGACUCCACCGUAUUUGCUGAAAAAACGAUUUGGCAAAGGGAGCAACUCAGCAUCUCCAGCUAAGUUUCUGCGGUUUCGGGGCUGUGUACAGAACAUGCCCGUUGAGAUGCACGAUUUGAUAGGACGCAUGCUUCAGGAAAACCCACGAAGCAGGUUGCUCCCGACACAGGCUGUUGGAGAUCCGGUCUUCAAGAGAGUAGAAGAGCAAUCUUUGGUACAGGAGGUCCAGAUCUAG